UUCGAAUUUCACAAAAGAGUGGACAAUUGGUGCUCUUAUUCAAAAUUUCAAAGAGACUUCAAAAAAGCUUUCUUAUAUCAUUUUUUAGGUUUUCAUUCAGAAAUGUUUUUCUAUUGUAGAUAAUGUACAACACUGACUAUAAAAAGUACAAUGUUGAUAUUUUUCAUCCAGCUCAUUUUGAAGAUAUUCAGGAAGAAUCUGCAGAUUGUGGGCCAAAUGUGCAAGAGGUUCGGCAAUUUCUGGAGUCAAAUCGACUUGAAUAUGCUCUUCAAUCCGUUCUCUUAAACCCACCAUUUGGUCAUUCUGAACAGGAACUCAAGAACCGUGCUGUUCUCCUUGUGGCCGAGGUUAUUCAUGCAUUUCGACAGACCGAUAUUGAAGAAUCAGUUCACAAGCUGUCAAAUGAAAAUGGAGACAUUCUGAUGAAGUAUAUUUACAAAGCAAUGCAACUAUGCUCUGAUUCUGCCACGUGUCUUUCUCUACUAUUGUGGCAUUCUCAAUUGGUAUCAAAAUUUGGGCAGGGAUCCAUUGUUCGAGUGUUGUCCAAUCGACAACGUCUCUAAUUUUUUAAUGAAGGUACAUGUAUCUGUUAAUUUCUGC